GCUUGGGGUCAGUCCUCUACUUUAGUCAAUCCUCUUUGCGUAAAGUUCUCACCACAAGACAAAGGUCUUCGGGAAACUUCGGUCGAACGCCGGAGACUGCCGAAGACCAUUCUCUUGUGGCGGUGACUUUACGUUUGUUUCUCACCCUUUCGUUCCGUUGCCGUCUUCUUCGCGCAUUUGAAAUUUUGCUCAAUAAUCAAUCGAAGAAUCCACCUCAAUCCACCUGUAAGAUGGCCGAUUUCCGUGGAGUGCCUGGUCUGAGUGGAGCUUCUGGUGAAGAACAAGAAGAUCCCAACAAUUGCCCUUCAGAUAUUACCCGUCUUCUCGCGUUGAAAAAUCUUAGAAGUGCAACUUAUCGCAACCAGGCACCGUUCCAGGAGACACUGAAGGGCCAGGUUAGCUCCAGAUAUGAUUUUUGUCUAGCCCGAUCAAUGGUUGGUGCUGUGUACGAUUUGGCAUUGCAAUUGGGGAAAUUUGAUGAGGAUCUAAUGGUCAGAGAUGGAGAGGGCUACAAUGAGGGACCCAUUGCAACUCCCUCCCCAACGUUAUAUUUUGAAGUUGGGGAUUUUUUGACGGACUUGUCCCUCAAUACAGAGGGAAUGGUGGAAGACCUAUUCACAUCUAAUUAUGAACUUUUGGAAAUUCGAUCACGUCAGCUGGAAGUCAUUCAUCUGCUGAGCCAAUUGAUCGCUUCGGCUCGGGCUCUGAAGGAGAAGUUCAAGAAGCUGAUGCUGUAUCCUCUCCGCCGCGUUGUUUCGAGCAGCAUGGAGACAGACAGCGACAGUUUUUGAUGAAGGAGACUUUUUCUCAUUAUAAUACUGUCUCUGGGGAUUGAAUGACGUUUUGGGAGUUAAUCAUUUCUGUUUUGACAUUAAAUUGAGCAGUGCACGAUCAGUCUAUUUCGCAUUUUCCCUCCCAAGAAAUACAACUAUUAGUUGACAUCCCUUGUUCAGUUAUUCUUCUUCAUCUUCACUUCAUUUUCCUCGCAGUCGUGUUAUGUUCAGUUAAUUACAAUCAUCACUGUACUAUGUUUUGUUUAUCAUAAAAAACGGAGCUAAUAAAUCAUUUGACAGUUUAAAUGA